UCCAGGCGGAGAGGCUCCCGCCUACCCAGAGCCCCGGCCUCCGCAUGGAGGGGCCGCUCACUCUGCCGCACGAGUCGGGGCCGCUCCCGCCGCCGCUGCAGGGAGGCGGAGCCGCCGCUGUUCCAGAGCCCGGAGCCCGGCAACACCCGGGACACGAGACGGCGGCGCAGCGGUACAACGCCCGCCUGCUGCAGGCCGGCUACGAGCCCGAGAGCAGCAUGGCGGACUACCUGAUCAGCGGCGGCACCGGAUACGUGCCCGAGGAUGGGCUCACUGCGCAGCAGCUCUUCGCCAACGCCGACGGCCUCACCUACAACGACUUCCUGAUUCUCCCAGGAUUCAUAGACUUCAUAGCUGAUGAGGUGGACCUGACUUCAGCUCUAACUCGGAAGAUCACGCUGAAGACGCCACUGAUCUCCUCCCCUAUGGACACUGUGACAGAGGCUGACAUGGCCAUCGCGAUGGCUCUGAUGGGCGGUAUCGGUUUCAUUCACCACAACUGCACCCCUGAGUUCCAGGCCAACGAAGUGCGCAAGGUCAAGAAAUUUGAACAGGGCUUCAUCACGGACCCCGUGGUGCUGAGCCCUUCACACACGGUGGGUGAUGUGCUGGAGGCCAAGAUUCGGCAUGGCUUCUCUGGCAUCCCCAUCACUGAGACGGGCACCAUGGGCAGCAAGCUGGUGGGCAUCGUCACCUCCCGAGACAUCGACUUCCUUGCUGAGAAGGACCACACCACCCUCCUCAGUGAGGUGAUGACACCACGGAAUGAGCUGGUGGUGGCCCCAGCAGGUGUGACAUUGAAAGAGGCAAACGAGAUCCUGCAGCGCAGCAAAAAAGGGAAGCUGCCCAUUGUCAACGAUCAUGACGAGCUAGUGGCCAUCAUUGCCCGCACCGACCUGAAGAAGAACCGGGACUACCCUCUGGCUUCCAAGGAUUCUCACAAGCAGCUACUCUGCGGGGCAGCCGUGGGCACCCGUGAGGAUGACAAGUACCGCCUGGACCUGCUCACUCAGGCGGGUGCUGAUGUCAUAGUGCUGGACUCAUCCCAAGGGAACUCUGUGUACCAGAUCGCCAUGGUGCACUACAUCAAGCAGAAGUACCCCCACCUCCAGGUGAUUGGGGGGAAUGUGGUGACAGCAGCUCAGGCCAAGAAUCUGAUUGACGCUGGUGUGGAUGGGCUACGUGUGGGCAUGGGCUGUGGCUCUAUCUGCAUCACCCAAGAAGUGAUGGCCUGUGGUCGGCCCCAGGGCACUGCUGUGUACAAGGUGGCCGAGUAUGCCCGGCGCUUUGGGGUGCCUGUCAUAGCCGAUGGCGGCAUCCAGACCGUGGGGCACGUGGUCAAGGCCCUGGCCCUUGGAGCCUCCACAGUGAUGAUGGGCUCCCUGCUCGCUGCCACCACGGAGGCCCCUGGCGAGUACUUCUUCUCGGAUGGGGUGAGGCUCAAGAAGUACCGGGGCAUGGGCUCCUUGGAUGCCAUGGAGAAGAGCAGCAGCAGCCAGAAACGAUAUUUCAGUGAGGGGGAUAAGGUGAAGAUCGCACAGGGUGUCUCGGGCUCCAUUCAGGAUAAAGGCUCCAUUCAGAAGUUUGUGCCCUACCUCAUAGCGGGGAUCCAGCAUGGCUGCCAGGAUAUCGGUGCCCGGAGCCUCUCUGUCCUGCGGUCUAUGAUGUACUCAGGAGAGCUCAAGUUUGAGAAGCGGACCAUGUCGGCUCAGAUUGAGGGUGGUGUCCACGGCCUACACUCUUACGAAAAGCGGCUGUACUGAGGACGGUGGCGGAGGCCGAGGCGGCGGAGGGAGUGUGGCCCAGGGCGCCCCUUUGGGCACAGCCUCCCUCCAUAGCUGAGUGGUCCACAGAUUUGCACUACAGGUUCCCAGCUCCUUCCCAGGGAGAGAGGAGGGGAGGCCCUGAGGGUCUGCCACCCCUCGCUGGGCGUCCCCCACAGAGUCAGGACCGCUCCUGGGGCCUGGCUGCCCUGGGAGCACCCCCGCCGGCACCCCCCAUUUCCCCCCCUUCUCCAGUCCCCCUGAGCCCACCAGCCUGGGCUCUCAGGCCCUGUGCCUGCCUCAGGUCUCUCUCGCUGCAGCCUGCGCUGGCCCGGCUCCCAUCCCUGGGGCAGGUGGCCCCUCCUGGCUUCUGUAGGGCACCUCCUUCCCCACCCCCACUCCACCCCCACCCCGGAAAUGGUGCUCUCCUGGCCCUGACUCUAGCCCCUUCCGGGGCUGUUGCCCCCUCAGCCAUGGGGCACUUCUGGGCUCCUGACCGAGGCCAGAGGAAGGUCUCUGCCCCCUUCCUCUGGCCCUAGGCUACCUGUUCCUCAGGCCACUCCCCCGUCCUGUGCCCUGGGGAGAAGGCAGCCCAUCAUUCCUGACUCCUUCCCCAGGUAUAUCAUGCCUGCCCUCUCCUCAGCUGCAGUCGAAGGCUUUAACUUUGCACACUUUGGGUCACAUUACAUCAUUGUAUAUUAAAUAAUCUGAAUAAAUCAAGACGUUGCAACGCC